AUGUCUAAUGAUUAUGACACAGGAAUGCUACCACCGCCUAGUUUAGGAAAACCAGUUCAUUCAGUAUUAGCUAAUGAAAUAUACGACGAGGUAGAAUCAAUGUUAGAAAAUGAGCUUGAACGCGGGUCGUUCACUUCACGUUCCCAUCAGCAAAAACAAUCAGUUAUCACUACCAAAACAAUUUCACACAGAGACUCAACUUACGACCCAUCAACAACAACAGAUCAUGCAGGACCGUCCAAUCGAUAUCAAAGAAGUGGGAGCACCUCGAUUUCCGAGAGUACUUUCACGAGUCCAUCAGCAAUCUGGCGGAAAUCACCUACAGUCAGUGAUGAAACUGACCAAGAUCAUGUAAUAACAGAAUACGAUGCCGCAACCGCCGCACAACUACGCGAACACAAUCUACUAUUCGCCCGAAGUCCCACAUUAUCACGAUGGCAAUUGGAAAGCAUCGGUGAUUUACGUCGUAGCGAGACACAAUUUAAUAAUUUGUUGCUUCGUGUGCAGGCUGACGAAGGCAACAACUACAAAAAACUAAAACAAGAGUUUCGUGAAUUGCAAGAAAAUUUGAUCGAUCAGCAUGGUUAUAUGCUCCAGGAACUGAACAUGUGUGCCACAAAGGAAUUAACCGCCUUUUCUGGGACGUUUGGGUUGUGUGUGAAAACUGGUGUAGCUUUGGAAAAGUUACGGCGGAAAAAAAAGUUGAACAUUCCAUUCUUCGCGGAUGUCGCGAAAAAUUAA